GAUGCGUCAGGGAGCAUGACUGCUGCCGGAAAGGGGCAUGACAUGAUCUGUCAGAGGGCAGUGUCUCUCAUAGUUGACCUCUGUACACAGGACAGCCCGCGGCUGGACCACAACACCUGUGAGGAGUUCCUCUUUCUCAAGUCCAAUCAAGAGUACAACCACAAGGAUACGGACAUCUCUGUUGGCCUCCCCAUCGGUGUGAUAAUAGCGUGUGGCUUGGCGCUGCUGUUGCUCACUGCAUUCGUCUCCUGGAAGCUGUGCUGGGUUCCUUGGAGGAACAAAGCCCUCUCAUCAAGUUCCGCAGCCCUUGCCCCUGACGACUGCCCCUCAUUUCAUUUACCAUCUCUUCUGCCCAGUCCUCAGCCAUCUGAGGUCACUAUGGCGACUGAGAAGGAAAAGUAUCCUAUGGCGUCAAUGGGCUUUCUGGAGGCAGCUGUUAAAAUAAGUCACACCUCUCCCGACAUCCCUGCCGAGGUGCAGCUCUCCAUGAGGGAGCACUUCUUGCGCCGUACGCAGCGCAUGCAAAGACAGACUACAGAACCAGCAUCAUCCACCAGGCAUAGUUCCUUCAAACGUCAAAUGCAUGUAGGGAGUCUGGACCUGGGAGAUGACUAUGAUGUGGAUGAGCAGCCAACCAGCAUUGGUCGUAUCAAGCCUGAACUCUACAAGCAAAUGACCACAGAGAACGAUGAAUCCAGCAAUAGUAAAGGCGGCAAAAACUGCGGCAAAAUCAACUUUUCCCUCCGUUAUGACUAUGAGAAUGAGAUGUUACUUGUCAAGAUACUCAAGGCAUUUGAUCUCCCAGCCAAGGAUCUUUGCGGCAGCUCCGACCCGUAUGUCAAAAUCUACCUGCUGCCAGAUCGGAAGCAGAAGUUCCAGACACGAGUCCAUCGUAAAACGCUCAACCCCACAUUUGACGAGUCCUUCCAGUUUCCGGUACCCUAUGAUGAGCUUCCCAUCAGGAAGCUCCAUCUCACUGUUUUCGACUUUGACAGGUUCUCACGGCACGAUAUGAUUGGGGAAGUCAUACUGGACAAUCUGUUUGAAGCGUCUGAUCUCUCGAGGGAGACCUCCAUCUGGAAAGACAUUCAAUAUGCUACCUCUGAGAGCGUGGACCUUGGGGAGAUCAUGUUCUCACUCUGCUAUCUACCUACGGCAGGCAGAUUAACACUCACUGUCAUCAAGUGCAGGAACCUAAAGGCAAUGGACAUAACAGGAUACUCAGAUCCUUAUGUGAAAGUAUCCCUCAUUUGUGACGGAAGACGUCUGAAAAAGAAGAAGACCACAACAAAGAAAAACACCCUGAAUCCCACUUAUAAUGAGGCCAUUAUCUUUGACAUCCCUCCCGAGAGCAUGGACCAAGUCAGCUUGCACAUCUCAGUCAUGGACUAUGACCUGGUGGGGCACAAUGAGAUAAUUGGUGUGUGCCGUUUGGGCAGUGGUACUGAAGGUUUAGGUAGAGACCACUGGAAUGAGAUGCUUGCAUACCCCCGUAAGCCAAUUGCACACUGGCACUCCCUGCUGGAACCGAAGAAAUCAGAAAAAGAGUGGAAAGCUAGAACGGCCAGUUUUGACAGUCAGGGGUCCUGUCCCUCCCCCAAACCUCCUGUCAGCCCUUGAUCAGAGCCAUAUGUAAAACUUCAGGCUUGGCAUACUCCGUUUGUCACUCUGAUGAAAACGAGACUCCUGCUGUUUCCAUUUCCUGCUGUGGGUUGUUUUAGAUGGUUCCCAAACACUGAUCUAAGAUCCUGCUGUCUUUGCCCUGAUAUUCCUCAUUCAAGGAUUCAAAGCGUUUAUUGUCAUAUAUUCUCAUGUUCCAGUCCGUACAAUCCUCAGUCAAUUCUUGAGAGUCCUGUACAAACCUCUGUACCUAAAUAUUCUACAAAGCCAACGUUUUGUUCUUAGAAUAGCUUGGUAUCGUCAGCAGAGAUGUUUCUUUUCAAAAUGAAUUCUCCUGAAGCAUCUGAAUUCAGAUGCAGUGUUCUGCAAGCGGUCUACAUGCAAACAGAAACAUUUCUGCACAGCACUGCAAGGCUCUUUGUAGAUGGCUCUGCUCAGAUCUUAAGACUUUGAAAGUAGGAUCAACUAUUGGAAGUACUAAGAAUGAGGUCAGAAAGGAUAAAAUAUCGAGGGAAAGGACAAUGUUUUGUCCUGGGUUUGUCAUGUGCUGUAUACUAAGAACAAACCAUUUUCUCUCUCAAAUCCUUGUGUGAAACCUAUGUGAAAGUACACAUUUUAUGAAGAAUAUUUAAAUAUUUAUCAGUUUCUAGAUGUUAUAUACAUGUUAUGUGUAAAAAGAUUCUAAAUUUAUCAGAGCACAACAAAUUUUUCCUAUCCAUUAAUUUCUUGCCAAAACAAAGACGGUUUACAUGUAAAUUUCCUGUUCACACACAAACACACUUCACAUGUAGCUGAAUAAAUUUAUGUAAUUACAUUACCAUUCAUCGGUGAGUACAAAAGUGGGCAUUUAAGGUAAAUGUGCUGAAAUAUUCAUAGAGAUCUGAUUUGAUUUAUGUGGGUUUUAUUCACUUUAUAUAAUAGCAUUUAAAGAAGUAUACAGACUGCUUUCAAUAGCAAUUCAAUUCCCCUUUGAAUCCUCCUGCUGUUUCUAAUGUUGACAUCUCGUUCAUCUUUUGGCAUGUAAUUUCAUUGUGAGUUAAAUUGGACUGUCAAAGUUUUAUGUUUUUUGACAUAUUGUCUGGGAAAAUGUCUUGAGUAAACAAUGUAGGCUCAAAUUUAUCAAAUAUAUUCAUAUUCUGUACUGUAUAAAAGAGCAGGGAUAACAUUACAGCAUAAAAUUAUAGGUGAUUAACUAACAUUCAUCUUCAGAUUAAUAUUUUUAUUUGCUUGUUUGAUUUUACAUUAAAAAAAAUAUGUGUAGAAAACAGGGAUAUUUGAAAUGUUGUGAAUUAAAUGGUGAAUUAUCUGUAUAACAACACAAUUCAAUGUAUAACUGUCAACUGAUCAGUUUCUUUAAAUAAAAAAAAGUAAUGCCAUUUUACCCAAGAAUAAUUGUUAUAAUAUUUAAUGCUCAACAAAGCUAAACAAAGCAAUCAAAAUAAUAUUAUUACUCUUUGAAUUUUUUUAUGUCAUAAAUGAUUUAACAAAAUUCAAGACUUUCAUUGCCCGCAAUAUUUUAUUUGUUUAUCCCUGUGGUUUCUAUCUUUUUGUUUUACAUGGUUAUUUAUUCAUAACACAGUUUAACUUGGAAUUUUACUUUAACAGAGAACCCCUGCUAAAUUAUGAUUACUGUAGUUAAUAUUUCUCCUGUCAUUAAAAAAUAAGAUGCUGGAAACGAAUUACAUAAAUGCACAGAAAUAACAUUAGUUCAUAACUUCCCUUCAAAGUCCUGAACAUAUGUUUCAAAUAAGAAAAGACAGAAAAUUCAAAGCAUGUACAAAUGCACAGGAGAUAACCUUUGAUAGAGACAACCUACUAUGCAGGAAGUUCAUUGUCACAGAUGGUGGGCACAGCUCAAGAUACCAGAGCAGUGACUUUACACUGAUCUACAUUUGGUGUUGCUGAAAUAUCUUAAAAUAUAUAUAGCACUUGGGGCUAGUUUUACAUAAUGUCCUCCAUCGUCUCAUAGGGUGUCUGUUAAGCUUUAAAUAUUUCUAUAUAGUAAAAUAGAUUUAAUAUUUUAACAGAAUCUUUAAAAAAUUCCAAGUCAACUUGUUGAAGAAAUGGUUGUGACAAAGUACAACUUUUUGGUCCUGUUUUUACAAUAUCACCAAUGUUGUAAUACUCAGAUAAAAGUGUUUCUGUAGGUGAAUGUAAAGUUAAUAAGGUUUAGAUCUGGUUCUUUACCUCACUAACUCUUGUGUGCUGGUGUUUUAACAACCUGUUUUUGCCCCCUUGUGAAUCUGAAAAAACUUUCUAAUUUUGUAUUGAUCAUUUGUACUUGCAAUAUAACUUGUAAUGUUCGAAAGGGUUCUUGUAUUUCAAAAAUGCCAAAAUAAAAUGUUGGUUCAGCCAUUUCAA